CUUCUUCUGGCCCGCGCCGGCCAGAUCCUACUGUCCAGGUGCAGCGCUUGAGGCUUUAUGAGCAUAAUUCUUCUGGAAACUGUGCUUUUCAUUCUUUGUCGUAGUGUAGGCGGGUCGGUCUGGUCAUUGCAAUCAUAUCACAUUUGAGCUUGAUCACCGGGGAAUAAGAUUCCAGGUCCCAUCUUGCAUUAUUCUCGACCCGUCUGACGAAUAUUGUUUCCUUGUAGUUGGAGCGAAAUCCAUGCAUGCUUCAAAUCUAUUUCGCGCAUGUACCGGGUACUUUGUUCUGGAGUACAGUAGUACCUACAUAAGCAAUUAUUGUAUUGAGUCGGCCGAGUACUUGGAGGCCAAACGCGGCCAUUCCAGCAACGAGCAAAAUCGCUGUAAAUUCCAGAUAUCUGAUGGCUUCAAGGGUAGAACGCUUUAUAUCCAACAAUGCAUUACUUGCCUCAUAGGGCGAUAUUUCACUCCGAUAUGUUUGGCUUUUUGUACGGUAUUCUGCCAGGGCGAUAUGGCAUAUGCGGAUGUUUCGGAAAUUCGGUCCUCGGCAGAAUACCCAUAUCCCGGGUUCAUACCCCGUGCGAAAGGAACGAGUGGAAUGGUUGAAGGUUUUCAUGGAAGAGCCUUGGUUUUAUCUUCUGGCUUCUUUUGUCGGUUUUUGUUGCGUAUUGAGACGCAUUGGGUUUGUAUAUUGGGUUACUGGCACGGUGUGAUUAACAGACGAUGUAUAUUGGUUGGCUCAGUGUUCCAUGAGUUGUAGAUGUAGGAGUAGUCAUCAUGAAACUGCCAUUCCAGAAUUAAUUGAAUUCGCAUCGUACAUGCCAGAUAUAAUGGCUGGUGGGAUGAUGUUGGGAACUUAAAUGAAGAUCCCGGGUGGGCAGAGACGGGUAGAUAUAUUUAUAUUAGGCAAUGGCCAUGGCUCUUCACU